CCCUUUCAAGUCAAACCAGAUUGGAGUGAGUGGUCAACACGAAUCGUUGCAUGGCCAAUAGUAACUAAAGGCGAAUGGUCGGCAUGGGUAAAAAGGUUGGAACCUCACUUUGCAAACGUAUGGAAAGCAACUGGAAUUUUUGAAUUCAUUCAUAUGUCCACAACUCAGGUGCCGGUAAACAAAGGCAUUCUGACAACAGCUAUGUGUUUUUGGUCGUGCUCCUAUAAUUGCUUUCACUUCCCUUGUGGUGCUAUGUCCAUCCCUCUAUUUGAUAUUUGUUCUCUAACCAGUCUUCCCUAUAUCGAAGAAGAGGUUUCUGCCUUGCUGCCAGCUGUUCCUGUAGAAGAAUAUGACCCUGGUGACACCAGAACAACUUUCCUGAGUUUCCAAAGGAACUCAAUUCUCACCACCAAGAGUAAGAAUCCGGACCAAAGAGAUCAUAUUUCCUUUUUAUUAUGUUUGAUUUACAAGUUUAUGGUCUGCCUUACUAGGAAGUGUGUUGCCAAAGAGUUCAUUCCUCUUGCUGUCAAUUUGGCACAUGGUAAAAAAUUUGCUCUUGCUCAAAUUAUGCUCGGCUCUAUAUACCGUGGAUGCUAUGAUGUCACCAUCUUUUCAUUCGGGAAAUUCAGUGGUGCUCUUUGGGUCCUACAAUUGUGGCUUUAUUCUUAUUUCCUAAAUGUCGCCCUAGAAUUGGAGAAAGUUGAUGAGGAAGAUUUACUAACUUACAGCAUGUGCGUCCAAGAUGCAAAGAAGUUGUCGCAAAGUUUUAAGACAUAUUUUAACUAUUUUGCAUCCCUCUCAAUUGACCAGCCAAAUGCAGAAUUUGCAAUAUUUCUUGAAAGGAAGUAUGGCCCAAAAUGGUAUAAAGCAAAUAGGAACAGUGAGGAAUUCAAAGCUUGCUGGAAAGCUUACAUCUCUCCAAGAGAUUUAUUCAUAGGCUGUAGCAUUAAGGGGCCACAAUCAAGGUAAUCAAAUGAGCAAGCCAACUUCACAAGAGAAAUAUUGCAACCGAUCACCGCCUCACCGCCAAAGCCUAUUGCUAUUGCACAGGCUGCUUCACUCGUGAUUGAGAUAGAUGAUGAUGUCCUUGAGAGUGAGGUUUUUGCUCAAUUGGAUCUCUUGGAUGACUUCUUGGAAAUAGAAAGGUCUGUGCCUCCUGGCUCAGAAGAUAAGAUCGUGGAAGAAGAAAAGAACAAUUCGGAUAUCCCUUCUCAAGAAUCCAUCAAUGCUGCCACCCACCUUCUUGAGCUAUUGAAUGGUAAUCCAUCUGAACUUUGCCAAGUCAUUGAUCAAAAUGAGGCAUUCAAUGCUGCUGAGGUCUUGAGCAAGGCUCCCACAUUGGAUGCAUCAGUGCGUAUGUUUUGGAGCAAUUUCCCUAUUGUUUAUAAGAACUUUAGCCAGCGGUUUAUGAAUGAGAAGAAAGUUGUGUUAGAAGCAACCGCGGCUGCAGAUCUUGCUCGGCAAUGUAAAGAUGCAGUAGAGAAGAAAAAGAGUAUUUAUGAAAAGGUGAAAAAUAGCAUUAGCACCCAAAUGAAGCUGCAUCAAGACAACCUAGAUGAGAUUGCCAAACUAGAAGCCCGCCUUGCCGAGUUGAAAAAGGCAACAACAAAGGAAGAAGACAACCUCAAAUCCCUUAAAGCUGAGAGAAGCAAAUUACUAGUUGAGCUCAAGGAAGAAGGACGUGAAGCUUUGGCUGCAAAGAGUGAGGCUGCACAACAGGAGGAGAAAGCAAAGGAAGCCAACAACACACUGCAGCAAAUGAGAGAUGAGUGGGCCGCCUGGAUGCAAAACCUUUGUUAGGUUUUUUUUUUUUUAAACAUCAUUCCUCCUUGUCACGGCCAUUAAGCCGCUUGAACAUUUGUUUCCAGACUUCUUUUUAUUUUUCUUCUUCUAAUGAUAAACAUGAAUUUAUUCA